UCAGGUCCAUAUCUUUCACUCUCAUCACUUCUCACCACUCUUUCAUUUCUCCCCUCAAUCUUUGCCAACAUGCUAGCCUCCCAAACAAACAAACAAACAAAAAAAAAUAAUUCUUGAUUUAGCUUAGAAUUUUAUGGUAUUUAAGGUUACUAUUCUAAGUUUGUGUUCCCUUUUUUCUUUACUUGUUUACAUGGGAAAGUACUCAUGAGCAUUCAAAAAAUCUUUUUGCUCAAAAACCACUUUAAUAAGUGUUUUUGAGUCAAUUUAUGUACAAUACAAUGACUUGGUUUUUCACUUCUCUAUGUAGUUUCUUGUCUUGGUUUGGAUUCAAGAUUUUCUUGUUCUUGGAGAAAUACAUAGACAGGAGGAUUGUGGAUGAAAAUGAUCAAAUGGAGUGCAAAAAUCAGAAAAGAUUAGAUUUUGAUGAGAAGGGUGAGGAAAAAGAAAGUUCUUUUUUGGUGCAAAGUAAGUGUGAGUAUAUAUCUAGACAAGAUUCUUUAGGAUUUAUGGAGAAACCAGAAGCUAAAAGUUUUUCAAUUAAAGAAAUGUUUGUGAAUUUUAAUGAAGGAGAAGAAAAAGAAUUGAUUGAUAAGAAUUCUGAUCAUAAAUUGUUCUGUUUCUCUUUUUUCAAUGAUGUAAGUGGUCUUCAAGAACAUAUUGAUGAUACAAAAAGUAGAGGAGGAAAGGCAAAAUCAGAGUUUUUUGAUGAAAAAAAUGUUAAUGAUCAAGAAAAGUUGGAGUUUUUGGGUGAAAAGAAUGUUAAUGAUCAAGAAAAUUUGAAGUUUUUUGGUGAAAUGAAUGUUAAUGACCAAGAAAAUUUAGAGUUUUUUGGUGAAAAAAAUGUUAAUGAUCAAGAAAAGUUGGAGUAUUUUGGUGAAAGAAAUGCUAAUGAUCAAGAAAAGGGAGAGGAAAAUGUUGGAGAUCUUUGUUGUGAAGAGAUUUUGAAGCAAGAUGAUGAAGUUUUUAGUGAUGAGGAAACACAGAAUUCUGAAGAUAUAUGUUAUGAAAUUCACUUGGUUCCUGAGAAUCUGUCCUUCGGCCGAAAUUCAAGUCAAGGGUCUUAUGCUAUUGGAGAUGAAGAUUUGAUUACAAGUGAUGAAUUGUAUUUUACUAGGCAUCAUAAUAGAUUCUUGAAUGUUGAUCAGUUUAUGGAAGUUGAUGGAGAAAAAAAUGAUGAUAUGGGGUUUAUAGAAUUGGAAACUUCUUUGCAUAAUUUAAGUUCUUCUAUUGAUACAGAGGAAUUUGCUUCUAAAAGUGUUGAUGGUGUUGAAGUAACAGAUGUGAAGUGUGAGGAAGUGAAGUUGAUGGAUGAUUUUCAAGAAUCUGUAUGUCAUAAUUCGAGUCGAAAAUCGUGGGAUACUGAUGAUUUUGGUUUUGAAAAUGUUGAUCAAGUUGGAGAAACAGAUGUGAACUGUGAGGAAGUGAAGUUAAUGGAAGAUUUUCAAGAAUCUGUGGAUCAUAAUUCGAGUCGAAAAUCAUGGGAUACUGAUGAUUUUGCUUUUGAAAAUGUUAACAGCAUUGAAGUAACAAAUGUGAACUAUGAGGAAAAGAAGUUAAUGGAUGAUUUUCAAGAAUCACCGGAACAUUAUUCGGGUCGAAAAUCAUGGGAUACAGAUUCAGAUUCGGAUGAUGAUGAAUGUGAUAUCUUAUUAGAACAUCAGAAUUUAGUGAGGCAAAUGAAAAUGGAAAUGAAAAAUUCAAGAAUCACAGGGCUGCCUACUAUAUCAGAAGAUUGUGAAUCUCCUAAAGUAGUAGAAGAUUUGAAGCCACUGAAAAUUGAUGAAAAGAUUGUGUACAAAGAUUGUAUUGAAGAAAUUCAGAAAUUUUACAAGAGCUAUGCUGAAAAAAUGAGGAAAUUGGACAUCUUGAAUUACCAGACAUUGAACGCUAUCAGUUUCCUUCAGCUAAAGGAUUCAGAGGUGUUCAUGUCAAGCAAAAAAGCAUCAAUUUCAAUAACCAAGGCCUUUGCUUUACCAAGCUUCUUGGCAAACAAACAAAGGAAGAUCUUUGCUGAUCCAUCACAAAAAUCAAUUAGUGAAAUGAAUAGAGACUUGGAAAUAGUAUAUGUUGGGCAAAUUUGCCUAUCAUGGGAAAUUCUCUGUUGGCAAUAUGGUAAAUCAAAGGAAUUGCUUGAACAUGAUCCACACGAGUAUCGCACAUAUAACCAAGUUGCCGGAGAAUAUCAGCAAUUUCAAGUACUUCUGCAAAGAUUCGUAGAGGAUGAACCAUUUCAAGGACCACGAGUCCAAAAUUAUGUCAGGAAGAGGUGUAUUCUCCGUAGCUUUCUUCAAGUCCCGAGCAUUAGAGAUGAUCGUUUCAAGGGAAAGCAGCACGGACAUGUAGGGGAAAAAGAUGUCAUUUCCAUAGUGAAGUUGGCAGAAAUUAUUAAGGAGACAAUGCAGGUUUUCUGGGAGUUUCUUCGUGCUGAUAAAUGUGAAGCUAAUUUCGCCUUAAAGGGUGUUCAUGGACCUCAAACCGACACUGCAGAAAUAGAGCUUUUUAUGAAUGUCAAGUUAGACCUUCGAAAGAAGGAGAGGAAGCUGAAAGAUGUACAAAGAAGUGGCAACUGCAUAGUGAAGAAGUUCCAAAAACAGCAAGAACAUCGAUUGAGUCAUCAUUCAUUAUUCGCGUCUCUUGUGGAACUUAAACUGGUAUCAAGAGUAAUAAGUUUACCAAGAUUAAGGAGAGAUUAUUUGGUCUGGUGCCAGAGGAAAUUAAGCAAUAUCAAUGUUGCAGGAAGGAAAGUUAGCAUGGAACAAUCUUUUUCACUUUUCCCAUGCUAAGUAACUUUUAGUAUAUGUUUCAUAAUGUAAAUGACGGUCUUCUAGGACUAUAGUUCUAGGAUAUUUAGUUAACCCCCACCCCCACCCCCACCCCACUCCAAGAAAAGGAUCUUAAUCCCCUUGCUUCCCCUUGAAAAAAUAGUACCUAGAGGAGGAGAAAUGUAGACUGGUUUUGAAAGGCAAAUUCAGAACAAGGAUCAAUGAUUUAUCAUGUUUUAGAAUAGUAAAAUAUCCCCUUCGUUCCAAAA